UUGACCUCCAAACACAUCUGCAGUUGCUGAACCAUGAGCUACUACAGAAGCUAUUAUGGAGGCGUGGGCUAUGGCUAUGGAGGCUUUGGUGGCUGGGUCUAUGGCUAUGGCUGCGGCUAUGGCAGCUUCCGCAGGUUGGGCUAUGGCUUUGGCUACGGAGGCUAUGGAUUCAGCUGCUGCCGACCAUUAUACUACGGAGGAUAUGGAUUCUCUACCUUCUACUGAAGAGUGAACUCAUUCUUUGGAUCACUAGAAUCUGUCUAUCAUCCUGACUUAAUUCUCCUUUCAGGUCUUUUUACCCCUUCUGUCAAUUGCGCA